AUGGGUGCUUCAACUGAUGUGAGCAGCCUGGUGCGGAAUUAUUGGUCAGUGCUUUUGGGAAAUGCUUUGGAAUGGUACGAAUUUGCGAUCUACGGUUGCAUGGCGACCUACAUGGAACAAAAUUUUUUCCGUGGUUCUGUUCUUGCAACUUGGCUCGGCUUCACAGCGACGUUUGUUGCCCGUCCUUUGGGUGGCAUCUUCCUUGGCAUCUUGAGUGAUGCUUUCGGUCGGAAAUUGGCGGUGAUGCUGACCAUUGUCGGCAUGUUGAGCGGAACAGUUGGCCAAGGGCUACUACCCACCCCUCGUGGUGCUGGAGAUUCGGCUUGGGGGUCUUUCGGACUGGUCCUUCUUUUCAGUUUACGGUUGUUGCAGGGUCUUUGCACUGGUGGUGAAAUCAGCACAGUAUCCACAUACAUCGUGGAAGUGUCCGGGCACGAAUCGAAGGGGCGCUGUGUGGCUUUAAUAUCCAUCACAGUCAACCUUGGUUUCCUUUUGGCCAGGACGGUGGUAUGGUCGCUACAGCUCAUUCUUGGUGAGGAGCGCAUGUUGGACUGGGGUUGGCGGCUACCCUUCAUUCUGGCCUUGUUACCCGGUGCCAUGGCUUUGGCUGGUCGGCGUGACUUGAAGGAGUCAGAGGAGUUCCAAGCGCAGAAAGAAGCCAGGGAAGCAGGGGCAGCCAACAGUAAGUCCGGAGCUUCCCUUUCAGAGCACUUCGUGAAUGUGCUUGUUGGAAUUGGCGGCGUCAUUGCCUUUGCCGUCUUCCAGUACGGUGGCAUGGUUUGGACGAACUCGUUUCUUGAAAAGCACGGAGCACCUGCAAAUAUGCCCAUGCUUGCGGGAAUGUGUUCGAGGGUGCUUCAGAUGGUUCUGUCCUUUUUUGUUGGUUGGUUUGCUGACUGCUAUGGUGUUGCACUCGUGACUCUUGCCAGCGGCGCAAUGCUUUGCUGUGCUGGUGCCCCAUUCUUUUUCCUUUUGGCCUCCUACCCUGACAAUGUGGCCAACAUCUUCUUGAUUUAUGGUGUGGGUUAUGGAAUCAUUGGAGCGAUGGUGGGGACAGUUGUGUUCAUGUACUGUGCCGAGCUCUUCCCCACCUCAGUGCGGAACCUGGGCGUCGGGAUCAGCUACAACAUCGGCUUUUCAAUCUUCGGAGGCUUCGCACCUCUCGUGGCUGAAGCCAGUUUGGGUUGGUCUUUGUAUGGUCCGGGACUCCUCCUGUCCGCGGCCGGUCUGCUCACUUUGCUAACUGUGGUGAUAAGCAUGAUGGGGCUCAGGGCAGGAAAGCUGAAACUGGCUUACCUCAGGCCGGAGCUCUAUUUCGGCAUGUCUUCAAAGUCUUCAGGUUCAGGUUCUAAGAAACCAGAUUCUGCUCGGCAGGCGCAGUUCACUUGCGUGGCCGGCGUGUAA